AUGCAGUCGAGGAAUUGGAGGGAGCACCAAGACUUCGACCCAUACUACGACUAUCCUCCUCUUGUGUCGUCUUCGGCACGGAGAGGCUCUUCUAGCUUGGCAGCAUCCAUUCCGCACGUCGCGCACGAGACAGAAAGGAUGUUACCAUUGCUGUCUCCUUCGCCCUCCAUCUCCCUCCACGACCUCCCUUCGUCGGUGACUUCGAGGCAGACCUUCGCAUCAGAGACGCCUCUGCUGUCUGUGAACGAAGUGGGCUAUGGACAGUCCGCAUCCAUGCGCCUCAUCUCCGCUCGGUCAGGACACACCUCCCCAGACAAGGAUACCAAUCCAUCCGGCUCUGAGAGCGCCUCGUCAGAUUCGAAUCAUGGUGUGCAGUCAAGUACGUUCACCCCCGUUUUCCCGCCGGAAGCAGGCCCCUCGAAUCCCAGACGAUCAAUAUCGACCACAAGCUUCCUUUCAUCUCCACUAAAUCCUACACCUACACCUUCCCCUCCCUUCGCGCGCCCGCGUAUUGCUAGCAACCACAGCAGUGUCCGCGUGACAAGAAUCGCGUCGGAGGAUUCUCGAGCUUUGUCCGGUUACUUCCCUCCUUCCCCACUAUUGGGCGGGAUGAGUGGAGGUUAUCAACGUGGUUCGAUGAUACUCUAUCGACUAGCAGACCCCGUCGCCGAUCACGACGCUUCUCCUCUCUCACCGCCCGUGUUUCCCGGGAGCAAUCGCGCCUCGAUGAUAUCCACCGCCGAUUCAGUACUGUCGCUUUCCUCGGACUCCAAGUACCCAGCCGGCAUGAUGACAAAUACGGAACGCGGUCUUGUUGCAUACCCAUACGAUCCAGAGCUAGACGAGACAUCGCCAGACGAGGAGGACGAUAUGCUACAUGAUCCGAAGUCUCAGAUGAAGGGUGGAUUUGGUUGGCGAGGGGUAGCAAAUAUUGGAGGGCUGGUACUCUUAAUCGCGGCUCUCCUCGCUAUCUUUGCCGUCUUCCCUGCGGUGCAGGUGUUCAAUCGAAACGACGUGAUGGCUGCUAUAGUCGGGAAUACAAGGAUCAAUUCGACGGGGCAGGCAUCUGCUAUCUCGGAUGUCUUUCCCGGUGCUGAGAGGCGCUCUCUGUGGAGGAGGGAACAAUGA